CGUAGCUUUGCCUUACACGACACCCACGCCGACGACACGACAAGCCGAUCCUCCGCGUGCGCCUUUCUCUUCCGACUGCAUACCCCCCGGCCGUCCGACGCCGACUCUACGCUCCCCUCGCUCGCUCAAACCCCCCCAUCGCGGGGCCCUCCAUCCCCGAACCAAGCUCGUCUUCGUCGUCCGCUUGUCGCAAACAGGCCCCCCCCCCGCCCGCCUGCCCGCCCCUGCUCUUCCCUUCCUCCAAACCGCCACGAUGCCGACCGCCGGCCUCAAGACCAUCAUCGCCCUCUCCUUCGUCCUCGCCGUGGGCUUCCUCCUCGUCAUUCUCUCCUGCGCCCUCUUCAAGGUCUACUACCCGCUGCUCGUCGUCGCCACCUACAUCAUCGCCCCCGUCCCCAACUGGAUCUCCAGCCGCAUCGCCAACCCGGAUGACUUCGUCGAGAGCUCCGGCGCCGCGGUGCUCGACCUGGGGCGCUUCUUCACUGGCUUCUUUGUCGUAAUGGGAAUUGCCCUGCCCGUCGUUCUCGCGCACUCGGACCUCAUCCGCGUCGAGGCCAUGAUCAUGUCGAUAGUCGGCGGCCUGUUGAUCUACGGGACCAUCAUCAGCUUCAGCAUGUUCUUCCACGAGGAGCAAGAGUUUUGAGGCGGCCGACCCCGGCGGCGCGUGCUACGAAGCAUACGUCGCUUGCUACAACCUCGACUGCAGGGCAGGCUAAGUGGGCAGGCAGAUUGUCAUGGGAGCGAGCGCCAGUGGCCGGAGACACGGAUAAGGAGGAGGUGGCUGAGCGAGGCGGUAUUUUUGCGCCCGUGUACGAAAUCAUGUUCCGGGGAAUGAAUGCAUCACAGCGAAAUUUGGCGUGGUCCCACGUCGCGUGUACACAACUGCAUGCGGCUUCUCACUCGAAGAUGUUUUGUUUUAAACUCUUUUGCACGCUACCUCUAUUCCAAAGAAUGCGCUGCUAUCCGAUGUCAUAUCCUGCGUCUGUCGCUUGUGCGAUGUUCGUCUAUCAUGAACCGUUGAAGGGUCCGUCCCGUCUGUAAUGCUCAAAAAUGAUCGCGCCGAG